AAACCUUCGAAAUAUUUCUGUAUGGUCGUUUAUAGUGUGGUGCACCAAGUUUAAUUUAGUGACAAGUAGGCUAAGAAGUAAUGAUAAUUAUUAAUUAUCUAGAUGCUGUCAGUCAUUUGCUAUAAGUCUACCAUAAAGAUGUCGACCAAGAGCCUGGAUUUAAGCUUGCCACUUAGCAACAGACAGCAAUUCAGCAAUAACGUUGAGUUGUCUUCCCUCCAAUUAACAAAGGAACACCUUAAAACAAAGCUUGAUUUCAGUAAAAUUCAAUGCUAUGAAGAACUUGGGGCAAAAUUAAUUGAAGAUAGACUAUUGUUAACAGCACUUGAGCUCUAUGCUGAACUGGGUGAGGCAGGUCAUGAAAUCUUAUGCCUAAAGCAAUUUUUCUCCAAUCCAGGAAAUUUUGAAAAAUCUGCUAAAGCCUCUGGAAUGCUUGUACGAUCCAUGAGUCAAACCACUCUGGAUUCCUUGGACUUUGCUCCAAUUUCGGAGGAUGGUGAUAGAGCUGGAGGAGACCGUGUAGCUGUUUUAGAAUUUGAGCUGCGUAAAGCUAAGGAGACUAUCACCGCUUUACGAGAAAACCUAACUCAACAAGUUGAACUUGAGAAUGCUAGCACUCGAAGCGAAACAGAGAGCACAAGCAGUCAAAAUAAUCUCGUCACACACCACAGUACACCAGAACCCAUGAAAGCGUACGAACAACGAGCCAUUAAUUUUCUAGUUCACGAAUAUUUACUUACUCAUGGCUACCGGCUAACUUCAAUUACAUUUGCUGAUGAAAAUACUGAUCAGGAUUUUGAGCAUUGGGACGACGUUGGAUUGAAUAUGGAACGUCCAGCAGACUUAUUAACAAUGUAUCGCCAUCGUUUUCGACCGGCCUGCCCGGCUCAAAUAGCCCAAACUGAAGAUGUAGAGACGCAAACAGAAGACUCGUCUAAUGAUUCAUCUGACCUAACCAUGCAGUUAGGCGGAAGCGCCGAAGAAAGCGGUAAUAACAGCUAUGACGUAUCGUCACUCCCAUCAAGUACAAAACCUGAGGUCAAAGUUGUUUCCGUCCCGACCCAUGAUAUUCGCGAUUCAAUGAUAACCAAAACUUCGUCUUUUAACACUUUUCACCCUAAUCUUGAAAAACCUUCUACUGUUUCGGUAGCUACUUUGCCGACGCCGGUAAUGGCAACGCGUUUUGAUCCUCAUUAUAUCCCUCCGGCUUUUCCCCAACAAGUCCAACUACAAAACUCGGCUCGAGCAUUGAAAGAGGAAUUGCAACAAGGUGUCGAAGAUGUCUGCCAAAAAUUUAAUAGUUUUUUCAAUAAGCCUCCUUCUUUACCUGGCAGUUCUAUAAGCAAGCCCAUGGGAUUCACCCACGUUAAAACACCUGAUCGUACAUCGUUUUCUCUCUUUAACACUAAAUAGCUUUAAUCUCACUCCACUGUAAUUUUUGUAAGAAAAUGGCUCAAUAUGAAAUUGUUUUUAUGUCGCCAAAUUUAAGCUGUCGCGUUGUACGAAUACGAGAAUGUUUGAUUUUGUAAAAAUAAAUGCGAUCAAAGAUUUUGA